GCCAAACGGGGCCAUAAUAUACUCUAGAGUAUCAAAAAACAUGAUUGAGAAUGACGUAACUUUUCAAUGAAGUUGCCAAGUUGGUAGUGUUCAUCUAGUCUUCUUCUUCUUCCGCCGAAAACGAAGAAAAAAAAGAAGAGGAAAGAAAGCCUUGCACUCAUUCUUUCACGCUCUCCCUCUUCACCAAAUACUCUCAUUUCCUCCCUCCCCUGCACUCAUCUGCACAGCCACCAUGUCUGCGGUGGUUUCCGGCGACUCGACAGAGCUCAAUGGCAGAUACAGAAAACCAAAGAUCCUUAAUCACCCCAAACCCAUUCCGGAGAUAGAUCCAAAUCCCCUUCUAAUCUCCCCCAAUCGUCCAAAACCCACAAUUUCCUCUCUGCUCCUUGCCCCAUUUUCCCCCGCCGUCGCCACCACGGACCCUACCACCGCCGCCACCCCUAAAAAGAAGAACUUUACUAGUUUCAGAAGACUGGGCUGCGCCGCCUCUUCUCAGGUGUCGGUGCCUGCUGUAAUUAGGUCGUCUGCUGAUUGGGACUCCAAGAGAGUGAAGAAAAAGAAGCAAAGGUGCAAGCUUUAUUCUGUCUCCGCCGCUGGCGGAGGAGCUGGCGGUGGCAAGGUCAGUGUCCCCGGAAAUCCUCCAGCGGCUGUGGGUUUUGUUACUUCUAGAAGGCCUGCUUUGGGGAGGAGGAAGGUGGAUGAUGAUACUGUCCGACCCCGAGAGAGAUCGGCAUGUUCUCUGAGGAGAAUGGUGAUCCCUGAAGAUGAUCCAUACCCUACUUUUGAACUGCCAAGGUCCAGAACAGGCAUUUUUGGAUCUAGGCAUCACCGCUAUUCUCCAUGUGGUUUUACCGAAGGGUUCUCAGAGGUGUUAAUGAUGCAAAGUACUCUAAUGGGAGGAGGGCUAGAAGGGCAUGAUCGAUACCGAGAUUGGAGACUUGAUGUGGAUGACAUGUCCUACGAGGAUCUGCUAGAACUUGGGGAUAGAAUUGGACAUGUGAGCACCGGAUUGAGAGAGGACGUCAUAGAUCGCCACGUCAGCAAAACGAAGCCCAAAUUCCCGUCACAUUUCUCAACCGAAACAGAAAGAAAGUGUAGCAUUUGUCAGGAGGAAUACGAAAGCGGAGAUGAGAUGGGGAAGCUAGAGUGCGGCCAUUUGUACCACAUUCAUUGCAUAAAGCAGUGGCUCCAGCACAAGAACGCCUGCCCGGUCUGUAAAUCCGCAGCAGCUGCCACUUCCACUCAUAAAGUCUGAUCAAGAAGAAUGCCUUCUCCUCCGGUAUGGCUGCUUUCGUGUUUCUUUUGUACAGUUUCUUGGAGUUCUUGAUUCGAAACCUUCAUUGUUUCUUUAGCUGGAUGAUUCUUUGGGGAUUUGGGGAAUAUCUUCAUGGUCUGUUUGGAUGUGGUCAUUUCAUUUGUAUAUUUUAUUCUGGGUUUUGUUCAUUGUUAGUUGUAUGACUUGUAGUUCUCAGAAUCAGCGGUUUCUGUUUCAAAAUGAGUUGAUUCUCGAGAGUCAAAUGGUUGAUCU